ACUAUAUUUCACCUUGGAGCUAGAGAUUGGCCGGUUUUCUUCCUCCUUUCUUCAUCACCAUCCUUGCAAGUCACCCCUUUCCGUCCGUCUGCCAUAUAUACCUCCACGCCUCCCACUCCCGCUUCUCAUCCUCAUUCCUAGCUCUGUAUCAGCAUCCAUAGUCCACCUCCAACCUCUCUAAUCUCUUUCUCUGUCUGCUCGACAAAGUUAAUGGGAGAGCACGCCUACAGCCACAGCAGCAUGAGCCCAUCCACGCCGGCGGCGCAGCAAAAGGGGUCCUCAGGCCACCAUGCGACGGUACCUUCCAGGACCACUGCCACGCGGCCCGCGAUAAAGAUCAUCCACAUCGUCGCACCGGAGAUCAUCAAGACCGACGCCGCUAGCUUCCGGGACCUCGUGCAGAGGCUCACCGGGAGGCAGCACAAGCAGCCGCCCACUGCAGUGGAGGACAACAACAGCAAGGCGAUGACGGUGUGCGUGGCGCCGACGCCGUCAUCUCCAGUAGAAGAGAAGCCACAGAAGAAGAGGUUGCCCGCCACGGGGGUGCUAGCCGAGGAUUUCGUGGUGCAGGAGGAGAACAGGAGGAGGAAGAAGAUCAAGUGCGAGGUGGUGAAGGUGGAGGAAGGAGAGUUCGGCUUCGGUAGAGACCUUGACUUCGGCGACCUGUGGAUGGAGAUGGACCUCAACCCUGGGGGUUUCUUGGGCUUCUUGGAGGAUGAAGUCUUCCAGGGAACGAUGGCCCCUGAAUUCCUGCAGCCUCCUCCUGGUCUGGGGUCGUCCAGGAUGGAUUUGAUUGGUGAAAUGUGCGCUCCCUAUCUGGCUUAAUUAGGUAGUUAGAGCUGUUUUGUGAUCGUUUUGUUUUUGUUGUUGUGAGGAUUUUUUGCACUUUGGUUGGGAGAAUUGGAUUCUUUUUUCUCUUCCCUCUGUCUAGAUGAACAUAGUUGUAGUGGGGGUGUGCAAGCUCUUGCACCCAUGGCAGCAAGUAGUGAUUAUCUAAGGUACACUGGUGGAAUGAUCAUGGAACGAAUGGCCCCUUUGGGUAACUACAUAUGUUUUGAUCUCAAAAUGUGAAUAAUUGUUCUUAGUUUUUGUUC